AUGACCAUCACCUAUCGCAACGGCGUUGAAAUUGGUGAACUAAUCGUCUAUAUCCCUUCCUUCUUCCUCUCUGUCUUCCUCGCUUUCCGUCAUGGAUUUGGCCGCAGUGCAGGAUGGUACUUCCUCAUAAUUUUCUGUCUCGCUAGAAUCAUCGGUCCCUGCAUGUCUCUCGCCGCCAUAUCAUCUCCCUCGGUAUCUCUCUACACUGGCGCACUUAUCCUGCAAACCAUCGGCUUAUCGCCUUUGCUACUCGCUACCCUGGGACUCUUAAGUCGCGUUUUAGACAGCAUCAAUCAAAAUACCCAUACACUCGUCCAACCUCGCAUGCUGAAACUCAUCGAGAUACUCACAUUGGUCGGGUUGAUACUUGGUAUUGUAGGUGGACUUAACGCAAGUGACACCUACACUUCAACUGGGAAAUGGGUUCCGGGAACGGAGAGCAAGGUUUCUAACAUCUUAUUUAUUGUCUCGUUUGUGGCUAUUAUAGCCACCACAAUCUUCACCAGUUUCUCAAUCUCACAGGCGGAAAAUGGAGAGAAGAGGAUUUUGCUUGGGAUUACUUUUGCGUUGCCAUUUCUCUUUGUUCGACUCUUGUAUUCUGUUCUCUCAACUUUCGUGUCACACUCUACAAACUUCAAUGCUCUCAAUGGAAGCGUCACAGUCUUGUUAUGUAUGGAUCUACUUGAGGAAUUGGUGAUCGUGGUUGUCUAUUUGGCAAUUGGCGUCACGUUGAAAGUUAAAUCCAAAGACGUGGUUGCAGAUGCAGAUCUGCAACGGCUUCCAGGGAGUUCGGAUAGUGAUGAGCCGCUUGGUCGACAAAAUCAACAGAGCCAGACACAACAACAGAAUCGAAAAGCAGGAGCGGGAAAUGCGGUGUUGAGGAUUGCGAAGAAGACGAUUAUCGGAAGGUUGGUGGUGGCAUUCAUACCGGAAAAGAAAGCAGAUGUUGAGAUGCAGCAUUAUGUUCAAAAGUAG